CUCUUCUCCUCAAGUGGUUUCGACAUCAUGGACACCAUCACCCGUCUUGUCAAUCGGCCCAACCCGACAGUCGCGCUUGGCCCCGUCGAUUUUUCAUGUGCCUUCCUUGUUGCUGACGCCCUCAAGCCAGACCUCACCAUUGUCUACGUGAAUCCUGCAUUCACCCGGCUCACUGGAUACGAGUCAAGAGAGUGCAUAGGGCGCAAUUGCAGAUUCCUCCAAUGGCCGAAUGGUGCACUUGACCAUCGAACGAACGAACUUAACGCCCUCAGCCUCAACAGGAUUCGCGCCGCAUUGAGCACCAACUCCGAGUUCCAAAUAUCUCUGAUAAACUAUCGAAAAAAUGGCGAUCAGUUUCACAAUUUGAUCACCGGGAUUCCAGUC